AUGAUGAUUGACAUGUUACAGGUAGCAAAUGCCAUUGAGAUCGCCGGAAACCCGUCCUCCGACCAGGCUUUAAAAUCGCAAGCUUUCGACUACCUUAACCAACUCCGCUCCGACCCCUCCGGAUGGCAAGUCUGCCUCUCCCUCUUCACCAAGACCCCACAACAGCCCGAAGUCGUACGGCAUGUCAGCUUGGAAGUUGUCAAUAGCGCCGCCCAGGUCGGCCUGAUCGACCAGGCCUCGCUCGCCCUCGUUCGAGAUAGCCUGCUCGCCUACAUCCGCCAGACCUACGGUCCCGAAGCCACGGCUACCCCAGACGCUCCCUACAUCCAGAACAAAAUUGCACAGACAGUCACAUAUCUCUUCUCUUCACUCUAUGCUGGUGGAUGGGAGUCCUGCAUCGACGAUCUUCUUGCCUUGACCAACAAGUCCGCAGGCCGGGACAACCAGCUCGGAGUUGUGUUCUACCUACGUGUGCUGAACUCGAUCCACGAGGAGAUUGGCGAUGUCCUGGUUUCGAGAUCUCGUGGGGAACAGGACAAGGCCAAUACCUUGAAGGACCUCAUCCGUGAGAGGGACAUGCAGAAAAUUGCCAAUUCUUGGCAGGAGAUUUUGGCUGUCUGGCGGGAAGGCGACGACUCCAUUGUGGAGAUGUGCCUGAAGGCUGUUGGCAGCUGGGUCAGCUGGAUUGACAUCGGGCUGGUCGUGAACCAGACCAUGUUGGACUUGCUGUUCCAGCAGCUUGGACGAGCCGAGAAGCAGGAACUCCGAGAGGGUGAGCAGCGGGUGCGCGAUGCUGCCGUGGAUGUUUUCACCGAGAUCAUCGGCAAGAAGAUGAAGCCCGCGGAUAAAAUCGAGAUGAUUGUUUUCUUGAACCUGGACUCUAUCAUUACCCAGCUGUCCAACAGCCCGCCCUUGCGCGAGAGUCGCUUCACAUACAAGUACGAUACUGAUUUGGCAGAGACGGUCGCUAAGCUGGUUAACAUCACGGUCAUGGAUAUUGUGCGGGUAUUGGACAAUGAUGCUGGGCCCGUCAAGGAAAAGGCAGAGAACCUCUUGCAGGUGUUUCUGCCGCACGUGCUGCGAUUCUUUUCGGACGAAUACGAUGAAGUUUGCUCAACUGUCAUUCCUUGCGUCAGUGACAUGCUCACCUAUAUUCGGAACCUCGCCAAGGCAAACCCAUCCUUCGAAGAGCGAAACAAGUCCAUUCUACUUCCUAUACUGAAGGCUAUUGUUGCGAAAAUGCGGUAUGAUGAAACUUCAAACUGGGGCGACGAGGACGAACAGACCGAUGAGGCAGAGUUCCAGGACCUCCGCAAGAGACUGGGUGUGCUGCAGCAGAUUAUUUCCGCAGCUGACGAGGGACUUUACAUCAAUGCGAUCUCAGAGGUGGUGGGCACAACUUUCGAGAACCUGCGGACAUCUGGGGGUCAGCUCGACUGGCGUGAUCUAGAUCUUGCACUGCAUGAGAUGUUCUUGUUCGGUGAUAUGGCUGUUCGUGGCGGCAGUCUUUACAACAAGGGUGCUCCUACUGGUAUGGCUGCGACCCGUCUGAUCGAGAUGAUGUCUGCAAUGGUUGAAAAUGAUAUUCGAUCUUUCACCCACCCCGCGACGCAACUUCAAUAUAUGGAAAUCUGCGUUCGCUAUAGCUCCUUCUUCGUCCACCACUCUCAUCUCAUUCCCGGAGUUUUGGAGAGCUUCCUUCAGCUUGUGCACCACCCUGUUCGCAAAGUCAAGACCCGCUCGUGGUAUCUUUUCCAUCGCUUAGCCAGACAGCUGCGCAGCCAGAUUGGCAACAUAGCACAGACCGUUGUGGAGGCGCUGGGUGACUUGCUGGUCAUUCAGGCCGAGGUACCUUCAGAGGGCGACGACGGCGACGAGAUGUCUUCUGAAGACCACGAGCGCAGUGGAGACGUCGUUUUCACCAGCCAGUUGUAUCUUUUCGAGUCCGUGGGAAUCAUUAGCUCGACCCCCAGUAUCACAGCAGACAAGCAAGUACUCUACGUCCAGUCUGUGCUGAGCCCAGUCUUCGGUGACAUGGAGCGUAACUUGGAAGCUGCCAAGAACAAUGACCAGCGGGCGCUGCUGCAGAUCCACCACGAUAUCAUGGCUCUUGGAACUCUUGCGAAGGGAUUCUCCGACUGGCAGCCUGGCAGCGCUGGCUCGCCAUCUGCCCAUGUGCUGCCUGAGGUCUCGGCGGCUUUCGCCCAGGUGGCUGAAGCAACUUUGGUCUCUCUCGAAUCCCUCAAGAACUCUUUCAACAUUCGAACUGCCGCUCGCUUCGCGUUCUCCCGGCUCAUUGGUGUUCUCGGUGCGCAGAUCCUCCCCCAGCUGCCCCGGUGGAUUGAUGGCCUGUUGACCCAAACUUCGUCGCGCGACGAGAUGGCACUGUUCCUCCGUCUUUUGGACCAAGUCGUUUUCGGAUUCAAGGGCGAGAUCUACAGCAUUCUCGACACCCUCUUGACUCCCUUCUUGCAGCGCGUGUUCGCUGGUAUUGCCGAGCCAACCAUCGGCACCGACGACGAAAUCCAGCUUGCCGAACUCAAGCGCGAAUAUCUGAACUUCCUGCUCGCAGUGCUAGGCAACGACCUGGGAGCCGUGAUCAUCAGUGAGAGAAAUCAGUCCAUCUUUGAAACUUUGAUCACGACCCUGGAACACUUCGCCAAAGACAUCGAGGAUUUGACCACUGCCAAGAUGGCAUUCUGCGUGUUGAACCGCAUGGCGAGCUGCUGGGGCGGACCGGACAUUGGCUCUGCGAACGGCACGGCACCCACCCAGGCCGCACUCCCCGGCUUUGGUUCAUUCAUGAUUAACCGUCUCUCACCGCUCACCUGGGCGCUUCCGACCACCCCAUCAUUCAACCCUAAAGACGCGCAGGCCAAGCAGGUCCUUGCCGAGGCAGGCGGGCUGCAACGCAUCAUCUACUCCAAGACAGGUAUGGAAUAUGCGGAAUACUUGCGCAGUCAGGAACUACCCAACAUGGGCAUGGGCGCCGAGCUCAUCGAAGAGUUCUUGAACGCACUGAGCCAGCUGGACGUGAAAGGGUUCCGGCAAUUCUUCCCGGUAUGUAUCUGA